AUGAACUCCUACUUAGACUACCCUGUGUGCAACAGGGGCGCAAAUAUCUUCAGUGCCAAGGCCGGAUAUCACAAUUUAAACCAUGGAUACAUGUCGUCCAACUCGUGCGCAACAAGUGAUAGUUACGCACCAGACGGGCGUUUAGUUGCUGCAACUUCUGCGCCACACCAGAGCCCGAGUCUGCCUCUGCACCACCAGACACACGUCAACUUGGACCUACAGUUUGCACCACAGGGUAACACCAUGUAUGGUUCCCCUCUCGAGUACGGACAUCACCAGUACGGCCUCGCACCCGAGCAGGACCGGAGCUACAUUCAUGCUCAAGUUUCACCCCUGGGAACAAAUAUGGCUCCCUACACCGGGGACAGCUGUGGGCCUGGAGUCUCAGCCGGGAGCCAGUACCUACAUUUUGGGAACGGGGAUCAGAGGUUGCAGGACUAUCCAGAGAGUAUUUACACGAGGUUACCGAUCCAAAGUAAGGAGAAAGAUCUGGAACACGUGGAAGAAACUUCGAAAACAUUCGACUGGAUGAAAGUGAAGAGGAAUCCUCCAAAAACAGGUUUGUUCAACUUUAAAAACAUUCAAAACUAGAACUCAGAAGACCUUUAGAUAGAAUAUUGAUUGUGCGUAAAACGCGCGUAAAACGCAAUUUACUCCUGAAAUGAAGCUUGAACUGUUCUGCGAAAGAAAAAGGAAUUUAGUGACUAAUGUUCUGCUCAUAUUUUCUAUUCAUCCUCACAUUUCUCUCCUCAUCUCAUGGCCGUUCAUCAGCUCCAUGACUCAUGUUUUUCCUCCAUCACCCAUUCAUUCAUCCAUUUCUCUCCACAGCUGUCCUCUCCGAAUUCGGGGUUCCCGGCCAACACAACGUGAUCCGCACCAACUUCACCACCAAGCAGCUGACCGAGCUGGAGAAAGAGUUCCACUUCAACAAAUACCUGACGCGGGCACGGAGGGUGGAGGUGGCCGCCAGUCUGGAGCUCAACGAGACGCAGGUGAAAAUCUGGUUCCAGAACCGCAGGAUGAAACAGAAGAAACGAGAGAAACUGGGCUGUGUUCUGGCGAACACGGCGGCCCCUGUGGAGAAACUCCCAGGGCCUGACACCUCUCCACAGGGGAAGGGAACAGACUGA